AUGGCUGCCGCUGUAGAGCGGCGGCUAGCUGAGUUCCGCGCCGCCCGCAGCAAAACUGCCUGCUCGCCGUGUCCCGGGGAGCCGCCGGGAAAGGCUGCGCCUUCAGAGGCUGCCGAAGGACAUCGGGCGGCCGCGGUGGGCCCGGGAGGCGGCGCUCAGGCCGGUCCCGGCGGGGCGGCGGCGGUGACUCCAGUGUGGGCGCGUCCUCUGCUGUUGAAGGUGCUGCUCUGGGUGGUGCUGCUGGCGCUGUUCGCGGAGUUGGAGCUGGGGCUGCCGUACUUCGUCCUCUCCCUGCUCUACUGGAUGUACGCUAGCACCCGCGGCCCCGCCGAGCGGCGACGGGGCGAGCUGAGCGCCUACUCUGUUUUCAAUCCCGGCUGCACCGCCAUCGCCGGGACGCUGACGGCCGAGCAGCUGGAGCGGGAGCUGUAUUACCGACCCGCCGCCGGAAGGUAG